AUGUCUCAAUACGAUCAAACGACGCGUACCUGGAGUGGCCCACGGCAACCACCGAUCCUCAAUCCGGCCGCCAGUCUCGGUCAAGUGAUUGUGAACGUUCUCGAACGGACGCCGGAGAAAGUGUUUCAAAUUUGCGCUGACACCGAACGGGUUAUGACGUGCGGUGAGCUGCGAACGCAAAUGAUUCGGGUAGCUUUGAAUCUGAACAAACGGUACGGCGUAUCCCGACAGGACAUGCUCUGUAUGGUGGUGAAUAACAGCGCCUGUGUGACGCCGGUUUUGUUGGGUUGUUUUCUGCUGGGAGCACCGGUUCAUACGCUGGAUGCUUCCUUUGAGCGGUCCGAUUUGGUGCAUCUGAUGGGAAUCACUCGGCCGAAGUUUGUGUUUUGCAAUGAUGACAAUGUGCCAGCAGUGAGACAAGCACUUGCGGAGCUCAGCUGCGAUGCGCAGGUCAUUGUUUUGGAUAAGCCGGAAACCGCGAAGCUGCUCUUCGAUCCGGUGGAAGGUGAAGCGGGCUAUCGUGCUCCCUAUUUGGGUGAUUCGGAUAAAAUCGUUGCGGUAAUUGUUUGUUCGUCCGGAACUACCGGUCUGCCGAAGGCAGUUUGUUUAACGCAUGCCCAACUGAUCGCACCCUAUCCGUGGCUCACAAACCUUGGAAUCGAUACAGUGCUUUGCUUCAGCUCCCUUUACUGGGUGUCGUCGUUUCAAAUGCUGAUGAUGACGCUGUUCAAUGGUCACAAACGGAUUACGACGUCGAAGCCGUUCAGUCCGGAAUAUGCCUACGAACUGAUCGUUAAGUUUGAGGUUACGAACUUUUUCACACCUCCACCGAUGCUGGCCGAUUUGGUGGCUUAUUGUGAGGCUGGCCAGCUAACGUUACCAUCGCUGCGAGUGCUCGGAUGCGGUGGAAGCCCGUUGCCGGAAUCCCUACGCCAAAGGGCCAAUGCUUUGCUGCAGUCGAAUGGAAAAGUUUUCGUAGGCUAUGCGAUGAGCGAAACCGGCGGUAUAGUUUCGAUCGAUUUGUUCGGCAAACCGAACUCGGCCGGCAUCCUGAUGGCCAACAUCACUGCAAGGAUCGCCAACGAAGACUGGGAUCUGCUGGGACCGGAGGAGGAGGGCGAAAUUCAGGUACGCUACGCCCAUCCGUUCUACGGAUAUUACAACAACGAACCGGAAACACAGGCUCUGCACACCUUCGACGGGUUUAUCAAAACCGGAGACGUUGGCUAUUUCGAUAAGGCCGGCUUCCUGUACAUCACCGACCGGAGGAAAGAAUUGCUCCGCUAUCGGGGCUACCAGAUUGCCCCGGCUCAACUGGAGGCCGUGCUGGUCGAACUGCCCGGCGUAAAGCAGGCCGCCGUCGUAGGCAUUCCCCAUCCGGAUCCACCGCAUGUCGAUCUGGCGACGGCUUUGGUGGUCACUACAUCGACGCGUCCUGCCAUGGACGCCGAACAACUGAAAGCGCAGUUCAACGAACAACUCCCGGACUACAAGCGCCUCCGCGGUGGUCUGUUCUUCGUCGACGGCCUACCGCGGACUACCAACGGAAAGCUCAACCGCCGGGAGGCGAAACAGAUGGCACUUAGGCUUUCACAACUCUACAACGAUUAA